UGAUUGGUCAGGAGAGGGAUGGACCCCCUGCGAUGCCAAAAUCAUAACAAGCUUGUCGUUUUCUGCCAUUAUGGCUAACCCAAGGAAGUUCAGUGAAAAGAUAGCAUUACAUAAUCAAAAACAAGCGGAGGAAACCGCCGCUUUCGAGGCAAUUAUCAGAGAUGUAUCGGCUGCAACUAGGGGUUCACCCGGUUAUUCUACCCCAAAUCAGCAUCUACAACUCCAACAGAAUAUCAUGGGUCAAUACAGGGCAGGGUCACUGCCAAACGUCAACCAGAUGGCCGGUAAUUCGGCUGUAGACUUGCAGACGACCCUCCAGCAUUUCGAGGAUAUACGAGGAGGGCCAAUACACAACCGUGGCAUCGACAGACUACACAACCGGGACAGGGGGAGACAACUAGGACCACACCGACGUGCUUUCCCUAUGGACAAGCAAAGGACUGACUGUUCUCCAUAUGGGUCUGCAUUCCUUUCUCCUCCUCCGGACACAAGCUGGCGCAGGUUAUUUCGUCAUCUUAACGGUCCUAACCUAUCUCGAACCAAUUCUGAUUCUGCCCUCCACACCAGUGCCAUGACUCAGUUAGGGGACCUAGGAGACCACAUGCAUGGUGCUACCACACCCCCUGUAAACCGCCGGCUUAUGGAAGUAGCUGGUGAAAACUCAAUGCAGGGGGGACAACUCAUGAAAGAAUUUUGGGACCCCAAAAAGCUGGUGGCACAGUCACGGCCUAAAUCUUGUGAGGUUCCCAAUAUCAAUAUAUAUCCAUCAACGGAGCAGGAAAGCCAGGGACAAAGUAUUCAUGUUCCUAUCACUAACAACACUGGCUCACUGCCCGAUCUGACCGUGCUUCACUUCCCACCCCCACUGGCUACACCCCUGGACGCAGAAGACCAGUCGUACCCAGUAGGGCAGCAACCCUCAGGCUCUGCCACUGCCAACCUGUCUCCCACCAGUGCUCACAGACUCGGGGGCAUGGGCCCUCCUAGCCCUCAGGCUCAGAGCCCGGUACAGCGACGCAGGCUGCAGCAUGGUGGCCCAAGCCCCCUCGUACUCAGUGGUGCUCCCGCACAACAGAUGAGGAUGUCUCACUCCACGCCCGAUAGUGUUCCAAAUCCCGACCCCAGUAAGCUCUCUUUGGACCCUCGGUUAAAACAACAGUAUCUGUUAUACUUACACCAGCAACAGCAGCAGCGGCAACGAGGGGGACACACCCGUCCCCCUGCCCCCACCAACAAUAACCUGCGACAGGUGCCUCAGGUCCAUAUCACUUCCGCAUGUGACCAAAAUAAUUCUCAGCCAUCAUUAACACAGUACCGGAAUAACGUGUCAGAGUCCAAUUGUCAGUCACCCACAUCUCCCCUGUCACAGACGUCUCACUCCCCGGCACAGUCACCCGGCCUGCCCCCCACCUCCUGGAACAACUCACCAUUCGCAGAGAACUACCAGCAUCAGCAGCAGCAGCAACAGACCAGUGCACUUCAGCACCAGUUUGAACAAUUCAAUAUGUCACAAGACAACCACUUCAUCAUAUCAUCGUCAUCCGAUUCCUCACUGUUGACCAAUGGAGCAACGAGCAGUGCUAUUUACACGUCUCCCCAGAACACGCCAAUAAACUUUUCACAGGCUAUGACCCACGGCCUGACGGGCAGCAAUCAGGACCUUCAUCAACAGUACUUUCCACAACAAUUGGACUUAGAACGAAUUUCUCAAAAGUGUGUAGUGAAUCCUGCUGGGCAAUACCAGCAUCUUCAGCAGCAACAAAAUCUUUUACAACAACAACAACAGCAACAGCAACAGCAACAACAACAGCAGCAACAGCAGCAGCAACAUGUGUCGUCGGGCGGUAAAAUACCAGAUAUCAUAUUCACAGGUAUCAACUCUUACUUGUUUCAAGGUGUUGAUGACAGUUUGAUGGUGAAACAGGACUUUGCUAAGGAGAUCGGCAAUGCCAUCACUGGUAUGCCGGACGGCUUUGAUACAGACUUCUUUACUUCAGACGAGGCUCUCAAAGUCGGCCUUGAUCCUUUGGACUUGGAUGGCUUACAGAUGCUGACAGACCCCAGCAUGUUAACAGAUCCAGCCACAGAGGAAAGCUUUAAAUUGGACAGAUUAUAGGACUCACUUACUCCAUUUAAAUCAGCACUUUGCAUUUGUGUCUAUUCUGUUUUUAACAUCUUAGAAAUCUAAAAAAAAAUGUAUUGGUUAUGUCUAUCGACGCAUUUACACUUACCCCAGGAUUUGUACUACCCCUUCCCCCCUUGUCUGCCAAGAUUGCAGCCUCACCUACUUGCUACCGAGCAGAAGAAAGAACGUAUUACUUAGAUGGAACUUUUACUUAGUUGGAAAUGAGAAGUAGAAUGUGAGUCACUGGUUUCAUUUUAUAAUGUAUAACACUCCAGAUUUAGUAGUGACUACGCCUCUUACAAUGCAGUAUUUUUGUACUGGUGACAUCGUGUAAUUGUUCCCCCCUGCAUUCAUUGGCAUUCCUAACUACUUAAUGUGUACAAGGCACAAUAAUGUCGUGGAGAGAGAGAGAAAUACUGAGUUCACUCGCAAGAUUGUGAUAUGUAGAAGCUGGUUAUUUUGAUAUUUUUCUGAGAGUUCUAUAAGGCGCUGCUGUGUUAGCUGUAGGGCCAAUUUUACACAAAUUUCUGUUGGUUUUAAAAAAGCAUUUACACGCUUCAUUUUUUGCCAGAUUAUAGAUAAUACUAAUUUUUUAUUUUUUUUUUAUUUUACAAGAAUUGGUUCUGAUCUUUAGAAAGAUGUUUGACACAUGUUUUAAGGGAGGGAAAGGGCUGUCAGAUUUUGUAUUAUUCAUUUACGAUCUCUUUGACACUUUGUCCAAACUGUGCUGUAGAGGUAAUGCUAUAAUUAACAGUGAAUGAACACAUUCUCCCAAUUGCUAUCAACAUCUGUGAAACAUUACAAGGGACAUUUGUUAAAAUCACAAUUCAACUUCUCAUGUUGAACAAUUUGUUGACACAGUCCAAGGGAUAUAACUCUUAUAGAUUUGUCUAUUUUGUCAAAAGUUUUCCUCGCAUAAAAGUAUUACUAAGCGUAUAUAAGAAACAGCAUGGAAAAGAAAACACUCCGGUGUGAAAUGAACAAUUUUAUUUUACAUAAAUUAUUUGACUGCCAAUCAAGUAUGUUGCAAUGUUUUUCCUGGCAAUUUCUUCUCGAGACCUGUAAGGUUUGCUUUUAGAAAAAAAGUGAUUAUUAGCAUAACUUGCAUAAAAUAAUUCAUGUUUGUUAUAGUAAAUGUCGGUGGUGUUGGUCUAUUUAGUGAUGAUUUUGUUAGGUCAUCACUUAAGGAAUCAAAAGUCUUCAAUUGAUAGCUGGCAUAUAGUUGAUAAAAAAAGUGCUUGUUAUUUUAUUUAUUUUUAUAGGAAAAAAACUAAUAGGUGAUAGUUUAUAAAUGCUGUUAUUUGUACUGAUGGUAUAUAAUCUCACUACUCUGCCUACUGCUCUGCUGUGUCAAAUUCUCAAACUUCAAUUUGAAUUUCAUAAUUCAUCGACAGCUCACCUGGAAGCAUGCAAGGAUAAAGUGCUAUAAACUUGGUGUAAAUAAACUCACACUGGACCUCCUUUUAAGGUUACGAGUGAGAGAUUUAUAUGCCAAUAGGGUUGGAUAAAAAGUGAGCAUUACAAGCUCAUUGGGCCUCUUGUUUUAUUCAAGAUUUAAAUCAAAACAAUUUUCAUUUUGCGAUUAGUUAGUUAAGAAACUGGUGCAUGUGUGUAAAACAGGAAAUUGGGGUAACCAAAAGAUGAUUUCAAAAACCUUUAGUAUCUUCCAGACUUUUGGUGCAAAUACAUGUGGUCGCUGUACUUAAAACAGGGUUAACUUUGCUUUAUUUACUGAUUUUUUUCCGUAAGAUCAUAUCAAUGGUGUUGGUAAACUUGUUGUUUUAGGUAACAACUGCAAGUACAGGUCUAAGCGUUUUACAUACAAGUGAUAUACUAAAAAUUGUGUACAAUCAGCUGUACAUUGACACCUGACCCUGAAGUCUUCUGAUUGUUCCAGUGGUUACCUGGACAAUAACUUUUCAGUUCAAUAAAAUUUUAGUGUUGUUGUUGAAGACACUGGAGCAGACAGUAGAAGUGUAGUGGAUUCUCUACACAAAUGUAGCCAUGACGUCACAAUAUCUAUGACGUCACAAUUUAUUGCUACUCUACAAAGACAGCUAUGAUGUCAUGGUACACUGCUAUACAAAGACAGCUAUGACGUCAUGGUACACUGCUAUACAAAGACAGCUUUGAUGUCAUGGUACACUGCUAUACAAAGACAGAGAUAUAACGUCAUGGUACAUUGCUAUACAGACAGCUAUGACGUCAUGGUACACUGCUACUCAACUAGAGCUUUAGUUUGGCAGCAAAUUUUACAGUUGAUAUUUUGAAGAUUUAGAUUUAUAUGAAGAUUUUAAAUUUAUAUUGUCUGUGAUUUCAAUGUUUUAGUAUACUGUAGAUUACUUACAUUUCAUGUGAACCAAAUUUUGCAACUUUAACUUUUUAAACUUAAUUGCGACCUAUGUUACAUAGGAAUUAAUGUUCAAUCAAUUCUUCUAGCAAAUUUUGUUUUAAUGCAUAUCAUGAAAUAUAAGUUAUCGACAGUAUCUGGAUGACUAUUUGUGUCCUCUUUUAGGUUUGACAAUCAAUAGAGUACAGCUGUCAAUAGACAGCCUGUGCAGGAGUGUCAAGUUGUUUGAGGACCCCAGUGAGGCUGUGACACGCCUCUUUAUCUGUGUCUUAUAUCUUGCUAGGUGGUAACGUUGUGUGUCAAACAUGUUUUAAUUAGUACAAAUUGUACAGCCUUUUAAAAAGGACAUUAACUCUAUGGUUACUACUCAAAUAAGAUUGUGUGGGUUUACUCCCACAGAGCAGACAAUAUUCUAUGAUUCAGAUUAUGUUGGGACAUGUGAAGCACUGUUGUUACCUGUUUCAGAACUAUUAUAAAAUAUCUAUCUUUAUUAUUUGUUGCAGAAUUUAUUUAUAUGUAUAGUUUGCUAUUAUUGGGUGGUGAGAGAGGAAGGUUGGUGUCGUCAUUAAGUGCUGUGAUGCAGCUAUGUACAUAUUUUCACACACUUCUUAUCCAUGUGUUUUUUUGCCUGUGUAGACAUGUAAGAUCUACAAAUUACCUUGAGAGGCAUUUUGACAAAUACAAUGGUCUAGUCAUAAAUAACCCUGUACUGUUCCAGACACUUCAAAAACUGUAUGUAAAGAGACAUGAAUGCGAGUAAAUGGAUAAGUAGAGAGAGCGAGCAAGAAUGGCAUCAUUAUUUGAUAAGGCGUAUUUACAUACUUCUCAAAAGUUCGCUGUCAAGUAAUGACAUUUUUUUAGGUACUCGUAUGUGCAGAUGUACCCGGUCUUCAAUAUCGUUGAUUUUUGCAUUACUGAUAAUUGUUCAUGUAUGUCAAAUUUUAUGCUUGAUUUUUUAUAUGUCUUCAUUUCUGAUAAUCCACCCAUGUCUCCACAUUACCGGAAUGUCAUCGCAACUCAUCCCAUUACCCAUCUCUAUCCUGAUUGGUCAGUUAAGUCAGCUGAACAGAAGUGAACACAGCCACCUGUAUUUGUGCCUGGGCCCCUACUACUCUGCUUGAGUUGGUAAGAUUCCUCAGCAGAGGGGCAUUUCAACAUCAUAUGAGAAACAUUGGAGGUAGUUUAUUUGCACUAUGUAGAGAAUUAGUUCACACAAGGGUUUCAUCAGUCCCUUCAAUAUGUAGAUUUUUUUUGUGUAAAUAGAGGGAGCAGGGGAAUAUAUCCCCUCCAAGUUAUCUGCUGAAUGUCAUUGAUACAUAGCUGUAUGCUGAUCGGAGUGGCCUAUACAAACCUGUUUUAUCUUCAUUUCAUCAGUAUUUCUAAAGAACAUAAAUGUAGGUCUGUGACCGUUGACAAAUAUUCUCGAUUCCAAUUUGCCUUAACUGUUGAUAACAUACCUGUAGCCACAUUUCACACAGAUUUGUGUCAGCACACACUAUGUAUGUGGUUCACACUGGCAAUAUAUCGGGAUGGUGUCUCAAGUGUUACGGUUGUUCCAAGCCCUGCUAGCAUUAGACAGCAAGUGAUUUUACUGGUGCUAGAAUGGGUUAGCACUUAAAGCUUGAAAGUGCUCAAGUUAUUUGUGUUUGCUGCAGUUUUAUCAAAUCUUAGUAAUGGCAUUGCCAAACAGGAGACUGAAGAUUCUCUUUUACUUGUGUGUCACUUCAGAAUGUGCUUAUGUUACACAUUGUACUUUUGUUCCUAUGUCAGUACUGCAUCAGUUUUGUUAUAGAUAUUUUUCAGAAGAAAUUUUAUUCCUUCAUAUUACAGUAUUGUUAAGGAUGGACAGGAUGAAUUGUAUAAAAUAGAAUACUUUCUGUGUAAUUUUAUGUCGUCGUGUUAUGGAAUAGGAUUUUGACCUGUUUACAUGGUUACUAUGGUAUGGACAUUUGUGUACAUGGUAACCAUGGUGUUGGCUUUCCUUGAUGAGUGUAUAAGGUAUAGACAUUUACAACAAGGAAACCAUGGUAUUAGCCCCUGCUUGUAUGAUUGUAACAGUAUCAUUGACCUUUAUUGCAAGGUAACCAUGGUUAUGACCUUUGUUUACAUGGUUACCAUCAUUUGCUAUUUUUGAGGGACAGGGUUACCAUGGUGUUACUGUUACAUUGCAGGGUAUUCACGGUGUGAGUUCCAAGGUUACCAUGAUGUUUACAUGGUUACCUUAGUGUAGGACCAUGGUGUUGCCACUAUGGUGGUGUUCUCGUGGAUAUCAUGAUUAAAAGCACCACUAUAUUGACCUUGGUUUCUGUGUGUCCUUGUUCUGGUCCUAGGAACAGAGUUGUGUGGGAUACAGGAAUUUCCAAGUGGUAAUAACUGUAUAGGAUUGUUGUGCAUGUCCUGAACGAAUAUCCUCAAGAAUAUCCUCAAGAAUAUCCUAUCUUCUGAGUAAUUUUGGGGCAGUUUGAAACUAACCUUACAGUACAUUUGGUUUAAUGAGAUAAUGUCCAAUGCUAUUUCGUUAAAAAAUAUUAUCCUCAAAAUAAAAGGAUUCCCAUGAAUUUGAGGAAACAGUGGCCUGAUCAUUCAUUUUCCUGGAGGAUACAGAUACAGGCCGAAGUUCAGCUUUGCUGAGAUGUAUGGUAGACCUACAAUGAUGUAGUGCAAUCAUGCUCCAAACUUGGUUACAAUAUUGCUGCAUAGCUUACUGUAAAUAUUAUAUAAGAGGGGAGGUAACUUUUAAUGAAUUAAUUUUGGUUGGAACCAUAGCCCAGUCUUGUCACUUUUUCAUCAUUGGUUAAGGUUGAAUGCUACCUUACUACAUAUUUUUUUCACCAAAAGAGUUCCACACGAGCUUGUAAAAUAACUGUUACAAAAAACAGUGUCCACAGUUUAACUAUGUGGUGAUGUGUCCGAAAGUUGUACGAUUUUCUGUGCAUUACCACUCUCGUGCUAUUGGGAUCUUUUUUACAUGAUGACUUAUUUUCUAAUGCUAAGUAAAUAAAGUAAGGGAGACAACUCUAGCACACAUCAGACAUUAUAGCAUAUAUCCUUAAAGAUCGACUCUGGCCAUCCAAAGUAUAGUAAUAUUUUUAUUAUUAAACAAGAUCAUGUAUUCAUUCUAUUCUGGCUGUCAGUCUUGUCCUCCAUACGUCGGACACAUUUUGAAAUGGAUACCGGUGUUUUGUAAACAUGAAGUGUUUUAUAUAUAUUUUGUUUAACAAUUAAAUCCACUUUAUGGUGAAGAAUUAUUUGAAGCAUUGUUUAUCUGAAGUAUUCCAUGAUUGGAAAUGAGCAGAUCACAUUCUAUACAUAUCUAAAAAAAAAUCUGUAAAUUAUUUUUUUAAAUUACAGCAUUUUUUUCUUUCUUUAAAUUGUAAAUAGCCUAAUUGGACAUUGGUGCAAAUACAACUCUCCCCAAGUUACAUUCCAUUAUCAAGUAUUAAACUGUAUUCUACAAGUCUACAUGAAGCACAUUUCUAGGAAGUCUUGAGAUACAUGCCAAAUGCUUAUUGUUGUUGUUGGUGACGUUUUCGCAAAUAGAUCUAAAUCUAAUGUUGUUAUUCUGUGUGUAACUGCGUGUCAUGGUCCGUGGAUUUCCAAGGUCACAUGUUUGGUGGAAUGUCAAAAAGAUUUCCCGGAACACAAGAGAUUCGUGUUGUAUGGGAUUCCUCAAAUAUGUGUUUUUGUGUGUUUGGAUUUCCAGAAUUACCUGAAUUACUGUGACCAGUAGGCUGAAUUCCUGGGUCACAUGUAUUGUGACCUGAAUUCCUGGGUCACAUGUAAUGUGACCUGAAUUCCUGGGUCACAUGUAUUGUGACCUGAAUUCCUUGGUUACAUGUAUUGUUACCUGAAUUCCUGGGUCACUUGUAUUGUGACCUGAAUUCCUUGGUCACAUGUAUUGUGACCUGAAUUCCUGGGACAGGCAUUAUGACCUGAACUUAAAGUUCACACGUUUUGACCUGAAUUCCUCAGUCACAUUGAUUGUUAGCUGAAUUCAUGGGUUAUAUGGGCAUGGGUUGUGACUGAAUUCAUGAGUCACAAGUUUUUACCCAAACUCCUAAGUCACAUUGAUUGUGACCAGAAUUCUUGAGUUACAUGGGUUGUGACUUGAAAUAUGAGCUACAUGGGUUGUAACUGGAUUCAUGGGUCAUAUGGGCUGUGACUGAAUUCAUGGUUACAUAAGAUGUAACCUGAAAUCCUGGGAUUUGUGGACUGAAUAUCUGGAUCACCUGUGUCGUGACCAGGAUCGUUGGGCCUGGUAUUGUGACCAGAAUCGUUGUGCCUGGUGUCGUGACCAGAAUCGUUGGGCCUGGUAUUGUGACCAGGAUCGUUGGGCCUGGUGUCGUGACCAGGAUCGUUGUGCCUGGUUUUGUGACCAGGAUCGUUGGGCCUGGUGUUGUGACCAGGAUCGUUGGGCCUGGUGUUGUGACCAGGAUCGUUGGGCCUCGUGUCGUGAAACACAGGGGUGGCUGUGUUCUGUACCUGAUGUGGCUUUAGUCGUACACGAGCUGUACACAAUCAUCCUGAUGUACUAUAUUGCUUUUUACAGUCUUAGAGGGUUAUAACAUUGACUGUUGUAUGUUUGUUACCAUGACGUUUGUCAUCACAUGUUGUCCAGUAUCAUUACCCUUCAUUCUACUGGAGUAAAUAUACUACAUAUAAACAA